AUGUCCUCCCAACCCCUCCACCGAGCCCCAGGGUCAAUGAGCAGCGAUACCUCUCCCAAAGCAGAGACCGAAGAUGUUUCCAAGGAAGAGGGAAAGACCAUAGCCGACGUCGAGGUCGAUACGUCGACUCCGAGUGCCGAACAGGCGGCCCUCGACCAGCCCCCCGACGGCGGCCUUCACGCCUGGAUGACCGUCGCCGCCACUUGGCUUAUUAGUUUCAUGAGUUUCGGCAUCGCCACCUUCUGGGGUGUCUUCCAGGAUGCCUACACCGCCAAUGCCAAUUCCCGCUUUCACAACGUCGGCUUGUUCAGGCUCGGCUUCGUCGGUGGAUGCGGCAUGGGCUUUGGCUUCUCCGUCGGUCCUUUCUCCAACAUCAUUAUCACCAAGUUCGGUGUUCAUGCGUCCAUUCUCCUCGGUGUGAUCCUGAUCUCCGUCGCCUUCGAGUUGGCAUCCAUCUCGACCCAGUACUGGCAGCUCCUGCUCUCACAAGGAAUAAUGUUUGGUAUCGGAAUUUCCUUCUGCUGGAUCCCCGCAAUCUCACUGCCAUCGCAGUGGUUUGCUAAGCGACGCAGUCUCGCGACAGGGAUAGCAAGUUCCGGAACCGGUAUCAGUGCAGUCGUCCUCUCACCCGUAGUACAGGUUAUUAUCGACCGCGCCUCGAUACCUUGGGCCCUGCGCUUCAUCGGGUUUCUGACUUUUGCUUGCGGUCUCGCGGGAGUUGCACUCGUGCGCCAGCGCCCGGUCGCCAAGAAGUUCGUGCAGUACAAGGUCUUCGACCUGUCCGUGCUGAAGGUCCCCGGGUAUCCGCUCUACCUCGUCUUCUGCUUCAUGCAGUUCUUCGGCUACGUCACUCCGCUAUUCUUCAUUCCCAGCUACUGCACUGCGAUCGGCCUGUCGGCGACCAAAGCGUCUGGAGUCCUGUCUGUGACCACGGCAUGCAACUCGAUCGGCCGGAUUAUUGCCGGCCAAAUGGCAGACCUCGUCGGACCUAUCAACGUCCUCAUCGUGUUCCACAUCAUGACCGGCCUCAUGUGCAUCUUCAUCUGGCUUUUCGCGAAGAGCCUCGGGGUUAUAAUGGUGUUCGCUAUCCUGUGGGGCCUUUGGAGCGGACCGUACUGGCCGCUGUCCGUCCCGACUGCCGCCAAGAUCGUCGGCAUGGAGAAGCUCGGUUCAGCGGCGGCAAUCCAGUUCCUGAUGAACGUCAUCCCACCCAUCUUCGCUGUGCCCAUCGGGUCGAAAAUCAUCUCAGACACGGCAGCGAGUAUGGGAGUGAGCGCAGACUCGGGCGACGCGUAUCGCUACCUCAUUGUGUGGUGCGCGCUUAUGCCCAUCGCGUCCGCGCUGGUGCUCGUGCCCGUGCGCCUUGUAUUUAGCAAAAGGCUUUUAGCGAAGGUGUAG